CCAGUUUCAGAGCAAAUGGGGGUUUUGACUGUUGUGACUGCCUCUCUGAACAGUCACUGGGCCGACUCGUGGAGGAAGGCAAACAUACACGCACUGAAACAUGUGGACAGAGGUGAGAAACAACAGCUCUCUUCAAGAAGAACCACAGGACCACAACCUCACACAGAUAAUUUCUCCAGUGUCUUCAUGGCUUCCCUCCCACUCCGAUAGAAAUGGCUCAAUAACUACCCAUCCACCCCCACUUGCCGAGACCCCUAUUUACAGAAAGAGUGGAAUCAUACCAGGUGCAAUAGCUGCAGCAGUAUUCAUAGGCUUUCUAUUAGCCCUAUAUGCUGUUCUUUGGAAAUGCAUGGUUACACAGCCUAAAAGGAGGAAAAAAAGAACAAGUUUGAAAGUUCGUGAACAGAGGUCUUUUAUGUGCUGACCUCAGGGAAGGAAGUCUCCCUGUCCAGCAGAGAGCCUCAGAAACUGAUUUAUGUCAGAAAUUCACCUGCAGUGUAUUAGCACACUUACACACUGUGUUUGGUCUUAUAACUUACACUGGUUUAAGUAAUGGACCAUUUCAUGGAUAAUGGACCAGGAUGCCUCUGCUUUAGAGUUCUACAUAAUCAUCAGAAAAGCAAUGUCUGCUGUGUUUCAUAAGUCAUCCGUCAGGUUCUUUGUCUGUCUGCUUAGCUGAUCAGCACAUAUUGUCCAUGUUUGGCAAUGGUCAUGGAUGAAAAGUGGGAAUAAACGGAAUCUUUGCAUAUAUUCUGUGUAUAUAAAGGAAACUACAAACCAAAAGAUGUGCUCUUGUGGAAUGUAUGGUUAGAUUACUUGCUUGUGUUGUAUUAAGGAUGCAUAAAAAUUGCAACAAGCUUAAUGUCCACUAGAUGGCAGAGGGAUCUAUAUUUUUACCUUGGUGAAACAUGAUCGCCCAAGAUAUCCCGUAAAGUCUUUAUAGGCUUAUAUCUUUAUAGUGUUUAAAAUAUGGGGACAUUUAUUUUAUCGUUGUUAGCUAUGCUAAUGAAUGCAUGACCUUUAUCAUAAAUUCUAAGAGCCUUGGCCCUUGUUGUCCUCCAAACAUCCCCUUUGACCAUAGUGAACUAUGCACCAGUUGAGUGAGUGAGUUCAUGUGUGCAAUUUCCUAUACACAGCAGUAUUGACCACAGAGCAGCAGAAUUCUGGGUUAAAGUUUCAAUGUCUUUGUCUACGUGUGUACGUGUGAAUGAAUGUGAGAAAGGGUGUCGCAGAUUGCUGGUUUCUAUUGCAGGUGGGUUUUUUUUUUGGCCUUCUCUACUGUUGUGUAUUAUAUUUUUAUUCUUUUUAUGUGUCUUGUGUGUGUGUGUACUUUUCUGUGCAACAUGUCACUUAUUUCAGUGGUUUCCAUUGUUCUUAUUCGAUUGUCCUUUUAUUUUGGAUUUUAAUGUUAAAGGAAUAGUUCACCCAUUCUGUCAACAUUUACUCACCCUCAUGCUGUUCCAAGACUGUAUGACUUUCUUUCUUGUGUAGAACACAAAAGGAGAUGCUGGGCAGAAUGUUAGCCUCAGUCCCCCACUGUCAUUGUUUGGAAAGAUGCAAUGAAUGUCAGUGGCGACUGAUGCUAACAUUCUGCUUAAAAUCUAUUUUGUGUUCCAUGGAAGCAAGAAAGUCAAGUUUGGAACAACAUGAGGUUGAUUAAAUAUUUUAGGUGAACUUUCUCUUUAUAUAUUAAAUUCCUUUUUGUCGCUGUAUAAAUCUUCAUUUUUCAUGGCACAGAUGUUUGAUAUGUUAUGAAUUGUAGCACGCUAGUAUCGAUGCCUGUAAAUGUGAACUGUGACUUGCUGACACCUUGAUGUAAAAUGACUUUAUCACAUUGUACAAGCACAACAGUUGUUUUAAUGGUAGUUUUAUCAAAGUUUUUGUAGCUUUAAAACUUGCUAGAUAAUUUUAUAUUUCUGUGAGGUCAUAAUAAUUGUACUGUUCAUUUCAUCCUCAUAAUUGUCUGCAUAAGAAAUAAAAGAAUAUUUCACUUAA